CCCGUCACCACCUCCGCCGCCGCCGCCGCCGCCUGCCCAGCGGCCCGGGAGGCGGAGGCGCGGGGGAGGAGGCCCCGCUUGGCUCCGCAGCCCCGGAUGCUGCAUGACUUCAUCCUUCCGCCGGCUCCCCUGCUGAGCUAGGGCCGGUCCGGCAGCUAGCCCGCCGCCCGCGCCCCGCCGCAGUCCCGCGCCCACCCCGCGCCCGCCAUGUCCGAGAUUCUGCCCUACAGUGAGGACAAGAUGGGCCGCUUCGCCGCCGAUCCCGAGGGCUCCGACCUCUCCUUCAGCUGCCGCCUGCAGGACACCAACUCCUUCUUCGCGGGCAACCAAGCCAAGCGACCCCCCAAGCUGGGCCAGAUCGGCCGAGCCAAGAGAGUGGUGAUCGAGGAUGACCGGAUAGACGACGUGCUGAAGGGGAUGGGGGAGAAGCCGCCGUCCGGAGUGUAGACGCGCCGGCUCGGGCGGCGGGCUCCGGGCCCAGCCCCGCAGCGGCCAGGAGCGCGGGCCGGCUAUGCAGCUGCCGGCGUCCCCCGCCCCGGCCCAGGC